CGAAGCUGUCAACGACUAACUAUCAUUCAGUUCAUUUACAAACAUAGUCUAGACGAAAGAUUCCGUUGAUUCUAUUUCAUUAGGUUUGAGUUUCUUUUCCAAAAUAGGUAUAAUCCAUCAAUUAUGUCAGUUCAACCAGAAGCUAUUUUAUUGAUAAGUGGCAAGCGAAAAUGUGGCAAAGACUACCUAUCAGCUCGGAUACUAUCGAGAAUAGGUGAAGAGAAAGCAGAAAUAAUUCGCAUAUCUGAACCGAUAAAGUUGCAUUGGGCCAAGGAAAAACGAUUGGAUCUAACGGAAUUGUUAAGCGAUGGGCCAUACAAAGAAAAAUACCGCAAAGAAAUGAUUGUUUGGAGCGAUAGCGUUCGUCAACGUGAUCCGGGAUUCUUUUGUAAAGCAUCUAUUGAGAAAAGUUCCAAGUCAAUUGUUAUUGUCAGUGAUAUUCGGCGAAAAACCGAUAUCGAAUUCUUUCGCAGUCAUGGAUACAAUAUCAAAACCGUGCGAAUUAAUGCAAGCGAAGAUGUACGCAGAAAUCGUGGAUGGGUGUUUGAAAGUGGUGUCGAUGAUGUUCAAUCGGAAUGUGAUCUGGACGAUGUUACACAAUGGGACUUAGCCAUCGAAAACGAUGGAACACAUGACGUCGAUGUUGUUGUCGAAAAAAUCCUAGCUUUAAUCGCAUAAUCACAUGUUUGUUCGCGGCAGAUUACUCAAGACUGGUGGCGGUUCUUACCUCGUUAAGAAGCAAACAACCUUAAUCACUGUAGCUAAAACAAAUUAGUUGUACUCAAAUCAAUCACAAUCGUAUUUCCAUUUCAAGAUUUGUUUAUUGUAUUUCAAUAUUUAUACUUGAAUAAGUCGAUUUUUUUUUUGAAUUUUCACAAUUUUAUUACAAAUAACUUGUUGUUUUUAAAUUAAAAUUGUAUGAUUAGAAAGAAUUCAUCAAACAACGUAAUAUUGAAUUGUUAAAUAAUAAGUGGUUGAUUUUCUUUUUUAUUUAAAGGCUUUAAACUAAUUCUAAAAUGAAUUGAUAUAUAUAUUUUUUUUUUCUGUUUUUACUUCAACCGUUUCGAUUCAAACGCGAGAAAGCCGAUAGAAUUUUCAGUCUAGUAGCGCAAAACAAACUCAAUCUGAGAUGAAAUGUUUCCGGGGAAGGUGGAAAAAAAACUCAAAAUCUAACAAAUAACAACGAAAGAGAAUGAAUUUGAAAAUGAAUGCUAAUUUACAGUUUUAACUCGAUCGAUUUAUCGAUUGUUUCUUGUUCUUAUUCGAGAAAAUAAAGCUUUUGGUUUUAUUGAAAAUAAAAAUCGAAAUAAAUCUAAUUGAUUUUUCGAAUCAAAAUUCAUUAUUCAA